AUGACGGCAGCAGCAGAGCAGGAUGAUAAUCGGACAUCCUCGCAGGCAGGACAUGGGGAGCACUUGGCAGUACGUACGGUGACUGACAUAAUGAUGCAGCAGAAGGGUAUCAAUCUCGACCAGGACGAGGCAGAGAAGUUGGCACGUGUUUUUCUGGACAUCUUCCCGGGGGCAGGCAGCUCUAUGAGCUCGCAGCGGGGUUCGGCUGAGGGCGAGGACGUCUCACAGGACGUCAAAGUGGAGCUCAGCGCCAUCCGAGAUAUGGACCCGCACCGCGAGCACCUGAAGGUGCAUAGGAGAUACGCGACGGUGGGUCCAGGACAGGAGGCUCCACCUACCCCGAUCCCGUCCCACCAGGUCGACGGCGACGAGGACUCGCUAUUGGACUACCCCGACGCGUCCUAUAUGAGCUCCGACGGCGAGGCACAGGUCUGGGCGAUCCUGGAGUCAGCCGACCUCGGCGAGGACGACGCGCCAGCAGCGCCCGCCGCGAUCAACAAGGACCGCCGGUCUAGCAAGCUUGGCUACAGAGCAGCUGACCUCACCUACAGAGCGCGCAAGAGUCGACUCCCGAUUGCCAGGUUGAUCAAGCGCACUAGGAUCAAGUAUCUCAGGAAGCAUCAGGAGCAUGAGAUCCAGGGCAGAUUGUCCUGGGGUCAGCUUGCGCGCAGCAGCGCGGAGCUGGAGGUGGCCGACUCGGGCCGCAACGAGAGCCUGCGCCCCAGAGACCAGGGCGCAGCAGCGGGGGCCGAGAGGGACACGAAGGACAUGACGGAGCGCCAGUUCAAUCAGAUGAAGGUGUACCGCGCUGUCGACACGCAAACUAAGGAUGAGGUGGCUGUCAAGAUCGAGCGCGCUAAUGCGUGCUCCCCCCAGCUUGAGCGCGAGUCAGCAAUACUGACCGCCCUGGCGGAACCCACCCGACAGCAAGGCUUCCCUUAUCACCUGCACUUUGGCAGGGAAGGCAAAGUCCUUUUCAUGGUACUGGAACUCCUGGGAAAAAGCCUCGAAGAUCACGUGCAGCUCUGCAGCGGCCACCUUUCCGCCAAGAGUGUGGCGCUUGUUGCCGAGCAGACGCUCUUGCGAGUGGAGUAUUUGCACUCGAAGGGCAUCGUUCAUCGCGACAUGUCAAGGCCGGAGAAUUUCAUGUUUGGUCUCGGGGCGAAGCAGCAUCAUCUGUACAUCAUAGAUUUCGGCCUAAGCAAGAAGUAUUACGACAGAAGGCACUGUCGGAUGAAUACGAGUCUCACUCUCACCGGAACGGCCCGGUACGCCUCCAUCAACGUGCAUCGCGGAAUCGAGCAAAGCAGGCGGGAUGACCUCGAGGCGCUCGGGCACAUGUUCUUUUACCUGCUCAGGGGCUCGCUCCCGUGGUCUGGGCUCAACGCCGUAGGCAGGGAGAACAAGUUCCGGAAGAUCAAGGAGGUGGGAUUUGCCCUCUUCAUUUCCGGUUUCCUCAUCCUCUUCGUUCUCAAUGUUCUCUCUCUCCCUCUCUCUCUCUCUCUCCCCCUCUCUCUCUUCUUUUCUUUCUCUCUCUCUAUCUCUCUCUUUCUUUCCCUUUCUCUUUCCCAAUAUGUACAUAUUUUACACACAUACAUACAUCGGCCCAAUGAAGCUUCCUUAAACUUUGUCACGACGAUCGCCAGCAGCAGUCGACGGAAGUAG